AUGAUUUUAACUAUUAUUCUUACGGUUUUUAUUAUAAUUAAUGGAUAUAUUAUUCAUCUAUUAAUUAAAUAUCCAAACCGUGCAAUUGGUUCUACUGAUAGAGCAGAUUUAAAAGGACCAAGUGGUCUACCAAUUAUCGGAAAUUUACUACUUAUGAGACGAUCGGGAGAUCUUUUAUCUUUUAUCAAUGAUUUGUUUUUAAAAUAUGGAACCGUCACAACCUUUACUUCACCUCUGCUUGGAAGAGUUAUUUUAUUAAAUUCACCUUCACACAUUGAAUGGUUUCUUAAAGAGAACUUUGAAAAUUAUGUGAAAGGCAAAGCAAUAACAGAACUGAGAAAAGAAUUGUUUGGUGAUGGAAUUUUUAAUUCAAACGGUGAAACGUGGAAAUUUUAUCGAAAAAUUACCAAUAAUUUGUUCAUUGCUAAAAAUUUUCGUGAAAUUUUUUGUAAUGUAUUUGAACAAGAGACAAAGACAGUUUUAAAUAUUUUGAAUGAUACAGCAAACAAAGAUGACACAAUCGAUUUACAAGAUUUAUUUUUCAGAUUUACUUUGGAUACAUUUGGAAAAAUAUCCUUUGGAAUUGACAUGAAAUGCCUUGAACAAUUAGACGACCCCUUACAUUUUGCUAUAGCAUUUGAUUAUGUGCAACAAUUUGUGUCUCAACGUAAAGAAAAUCCAUUAUGGAGAUUUACUGAAAUUUUCUCAGAAAGAGGUAAAAGGAUUAGAAAGGAAGUUAAAUACUUGGAUGAGUUUGCAUAUAAUAUUAUAAAAGAAAGAAAAUCAAAAAAUUUCAAUGAUAGUGCAUCAUCAUCAGAUGUUCCAAAUGAUCUGUUAAAAUUAUUUAUGGAUGCAAGAAAAGAUGAUGGUGAAACGUUAACAGAUAAAGAAUUAAGGGAUAUGGUUAUUAAUAUGAUGAUUGCUGGACGUGAUACAACUGCAAAUGCACUUACUUGGAUGAUGUAUAGUCUAAUGACAAAUCCAUCUGUAGAAGAUUCUUUAAUUAAAGAGUUGAAUCAAUUGUUGCCACCAGAAGAAAAUAAAAUGCCAACAUUUGAUAAUAUCAAAAAGUUUCAUUAUGCUGAAGCUACAUUUUAUGAAACACUUCGAUUAUAUCCAAGUGUUCCAAAAAUUUUUAGGAUGUGUGUAAAACAUGAUAUUUUACCUGAUGGUACACAUGUAUAUCCUGGAGAAUUUGUUCUUUGGUCACCUUGGUCUAUGGGUAGAGAUGAAAGAAUUUGGGGUGAAAAUGCAUUACAAUUUUAUCCUGAUAGAUUCUUAAAUUCCAAAGGUGUAUCGAAACCAUCCCAAUUUAAAUUUCCUGCAUUUCAUGCUGGACAACAAUUUGCUACUGUUGAAGCAUUGAUAUUGGUUACAUCAAUGUUAAAAAAAUUUAGGUUUGAACUAAUACCUGGUCAAGAAUCACCUCCACCAUAUAUUCCUACCAUAACCUUACCAAUGAAAAAUCCUUUAUUG